AUGGCAGUUGACCACGCCAAAGACGAGGGCGGCUUGCACGGCGAGGCCUCGGAUCCGCAGCGCAAACAUCAAGACCAAGAGAAGGAGCCGUCCGACCGCCAAGACGGCAGUCGAAAUCAAGAUGAAGAGCAAGCGCAGGAGCAUGACAAUGAGAACGCCAAGGACGAGGAGGAAGACGAGGACGAGGAGAGCGAUGCCUCGUCCUCCGAGUCGGAAGCUGAGCCCGUCCUGGCCGUCACACGCGAGCGGCGUGCAAAUGCUGGAAACCGCAUGGCCAGGCUGCUUGAACUUGCCGAGCUAGAGGAUGCUGCCCAGGAGGAGGCUUAUGGCGAGAUCUUCACCGAGAUUGCAGACGAUGUCGAGUUCGAAGCCCAGGAUGAGGACGAGGGUGAUGUCAACAUGGACAGUUCGAGCGAUGACGAGGAUGUCGACGCAGAGGGCGCCCACGAUGAUGAGGACGCGGGCGAGAAGGAACUUCGCGUCCAGGAACGCCUCUUGAACAAGAAGAAGCGCAAGCGUGAGAGUCUUCUGCAGGAUGCCAUGAAGCGCGCCGCUGCCCGUGUCGGUUCCAAGGCCGCUGCUGGCCCUGCUUCGCGCACCGCCACGACGACCUCCGCGUCUUCAUUGUCGCCGACACCCGAGUCCACAUCAUCUAGGCCUCGCAAAAAGUCCGAGCGUGCUUCAUGGCUCCCGGAGGUGGCCGAGGGUGCAGUACGCGCCUCCUCACGGCAUCUGGCUGUACAAAACAAGACAGCCGUUCACGAGCGCCUAAAGGAGAAAGAGAAGCACCGGCUCCGAACUGUGGCCAUUAUGAAGGCUGCUGAGCAGCGCAAGGAGGCCUACCGGCCUAAAGCGAUGACGCAGGAGGAGCGUCUGGAGGAGGCUGCCAGGGUUGAACGCAUGAAUAGCAAAUCCCUGAACCGAUGGGAAGCCGCGGAGAGGAAGAGAGUGGAAGAACAGAAGGCGAGACUUGCGGAGCUGAAGAACCAUCGUCUUGAAGGGCCCAUCAUCUCAUUCUAUAGUGGCCCAGCGCUCUGGGUCAAUGACAGGCUGAAGAUUGUGGGGAAGGAGGCACUCGUGCAGGUUGUCAAGGACAGGUCUUCAAUGGCGGAUGGCCAGGAAGAUGAGGAUGAGGACGAGGACGACGAUGCGUCUGCUCCUGCCGUCCAACCCCUCUCUGAUCAAGAUUUAUCAAAAUUGCCAGAUCAACCCAUAGAGCUACUCGCUGCUAAGUCCUCCAUACCUCUGGCAAGUACCAUAGCCCAUUCGCAACCCAUUUUGCGACCACCACGACCAUCGCAACCAUCGCAACCAUCGCCGUCAUCUGCACAAGCAGCAGAAACAACAACAGCAAAUAAAAACGAGCCUGUCAUGAAUAGGUUUUCUCAAGGUGUUGAGAACAAUGGUGAUCGUUUUACCAAUGUUCCUGCCACUACUUCUACUCAGUCGGAUAAGGAAUCGCCACAACCCAGGACGCCAAUGUCGCGAACAGACUCGAACCCAACCUCGGUAUACACGAUCUCAUCUCAGAACUUGCCGACCACCGUACCUUACGAAACGCCUCCGACGUAUUCGGAAUCGCAACCUGAAGCUUCCACUGUGUCGCAGCCGAGCGGAGAGUCCACAAUAGCACAAUUUCAGACAACGUUUUCUGUAGCUCCCUCACCUCACGAACAGCAGAUACCUCAAUCUCAAAACCAAUCUCAAUCUGAGGACCAAAAGCCACCAAAUACGCCAGCACCAUCCAAGCCUAAAGCUCCGCGUCGGCGAGAACUCGCUUCAAGAGUGCUAAUCACGAUGCGGAACUUCCCCGAGGAGAGCACCGGCUCCCACAAGCGCGAGCCGGACUUCCUACGACACCAUUUGUUCAAUUGGCCACUCACGAUGGCGCAGACGAAGAAGGAGCACAAGGCGAGCGUUGCUGCGGCGUCCAAGAAGGCCCUGUGUGCAGUGACAGGCCAGCCUGCGCGAUACUGCGAUCCGGCAACAGGGCUGUACUAUGUUGAUGCAGUGGCGUUGAAAGGUAUGCGGUGGGUGGUGAAUUCGAAAGGCAAGUGGAAUGAGUUGACGGGCACGUUUGCUCAUUCGGACAAGACGCGCCCCGCGCGCGGUGUUCCGGAUAUGUUCCUCAUGCAUGGAGAGGAGCUCAAGAAGCGUAGAGAGGAGGUGAUGAAGCUCAGAGAGGAGCAGGAGAGGGCCAGAGCAGAAGCGCGAGCGAAGGCCCAGGCCGAGGCACAGGCGCGUGCAGAAGCGCAGGCUAGAGCGCAGGCUCAGGGACUGCAAUCGUCUGGCCCUCUCCUCCCACAAACGCACAACGGCCAGAAGCCCGUAUACCAAGUGCAGAACCAUCCGCCAUUGCAAGUGCAGAUGCACAUGCCACAACCACCGCGACCCCCUACUGUAAUAGGGCCGGGCUCUCAAACCAUGAGACCGUCGUGA